UGUCAGACCUGGUGCCAGGGAUCUGGAGGCUUCCUUCAUAAAUAAAAGCAGGUGGAGCUGAGUCCUGUCCACAUUUCAAGAUUCAGGUGCAGCCAAAAUGAUGGGUUUCAUUCCUUUGUUCCUGGUGUACAUUUUGUUCCCUGCCGUUCAAGCCACACAACUCACCAAAUGUGAGGUGUACCAGGCCGUGGAAGACAUGGAUGGCCAUCAAGGCAUUACGGCACUUGAAUGGACCUGCGUUAUAUUUCAUAGCAGUGGUUUCAACACAGAAGCUACGGUCAGAAACAACGGCAGCACAGAGUACGGCCUCUUCCAGAUCAGUAACAAACACUGGUGCAAGAGCAGCGAGGUCCCCGAGUCAGAGAACAUCUGCGGCACUUCCUGUGACAAUUUCCUGGAUGACAACCUUACCGAUGACAAAAAGUGUGCCAAGAAGAUCCUGGCUAUCAAAGGAAUCGACUACUGGUUGGCACACAAGCCACUGUGCUCUGAGAGGCUGGAACAGUGGCGCUGUAAGAAGCUGUGAGCUCCUGAUGUCCUCGUCGCUCCAGUGUCCUCAUCUCUCCCUAUGUCCUCGUCGAUCCUGAUGUCCUCGUCGUCGUCGUCGUCGUCGUCUUCGUCGUCGUCGUCGUCGCUCCCGCCCCAAGUUCUUGAACGGCUCUUCUUGGCUACCUCAGUUCAGCUCUUUUCAUCACCAUGAAGAUGCCCCGUCUCUGAGCCCUGUACCCUGUAGUGACACCGCUGGACUCUUGAGGACUUUUGUCAAAGUGUGUGUGUGGC